AGCGAGGACGCCGGGCUCUGGCGGGGGCUCGGCGGGGACGCGCAGGAGGGCGCGCGCCCCCGGUGCUCGCGCGGGGCCAGGGCCGCGCAGCUCCCAGCUGCGGGGACGUAGUAGCGCCACGGCAGCCUUGGAGAGGCCAGAGGGAAGCGAGCGGAGGGACGAGCCGAGGACCGAGGACCACGUCUCAACAAACUGGACAAUGUCAGUUGAGUGGGUUUUGAAAAUGUCUGAAGUUUAGUGAGCUGCAUCUACCUUCUCCCCACCCUUUACAACAGAAUAAAUGGGAUGUUUGAGAAGACGGCGCUAUUAAAAGAAGAGUGUUGCAAAUGGCUUCGGAAUCUGUGAAUGCAAAACAUGCUAGGAAUCAAUUCACAAAGGGGAAAAGGCAACAGCACCAGCAAAUAAAGAACAGAUCUUCAGUUAGUGAUGGUGACGGAGAAGACUCCUUUAUCUUCGAAGCACAUGAAGCUUGGAAAGAUUUCCAUGGGUCUCUUCUUCGGUUUUAUGAGAAUGGAGAGCUCUGUGAUAUCACACUAAAGGUUGGCUCAAAGUUAAUCUCUUGUCACAAACUGGUACUGGCUUGUGUUAUUCCCUACUUCAGAGCCAUGUUUCUCUCUGAAAUGGCUGAAGCUAAGCAAACAGUGAUUGAGAUCAGAGAUUUCGAUGGUGAUGCAAUAGAAGACCUGGUAAAAUUUGUCUAUUCUUCACGGCUCACUUUGACUGUUGACAACGUCCAACCUGUCUUAUAUGCGGCCUGCAUUCUGCAGGUUGAACUGGUGGCUCGAGCUUGUUGUGAAUACAUGAAAUUACAUUUUCAUCCCUCCAACUGCCUGGCAGUAAGAGCCUUUGCAGAAAGCCACAAUCGAAUAGACUUAAUGGACAUGGCAGAUCAGUAUGCCUGUGAGCAUUUUACUGAAGUGGUGGAGUGUGAAGACUUCGUCAGUGUGUCACCCCAGCAUCUCCAUAAGCUGUUGUCCUCCAGUGAUCUCAGUAUUGAGAAUGAAACGCAGGUCUAUAACGCAGCCAUCAAGUGGCUACUUGCCAAUCCCCAGCAUCAUUCCAAAUGGUUGGAUGAAACACUUGCACAGGUUCGUUUGCCGCUGUUGCCAGUUGAUUUUCUUAUGGGUGUUGUGGCAAAAGAACAGAUUGUCAAGCAAAAUCUAAAAUGUAGAGACUUACUGGAUGAAGCAAGAAACUACCACCUACACUUGAGUAGCAGAGCAGUACCUGACUUUGAAUACUCCGUUCGGACUACACCAAGGAAGCAUACUGCUGGUGUGCUGUUUUGUGUAGGUGGUCGAGGGGGAUCCGGUGACCCUUUCCGCAGUAUUGAAUGCUAUUCUAUCAAUAAAAACAGUUGGUUCUUCGGACCAGAAAUGAAUAGUCGAAGGCGACAUGUGGGUGUAAUCUCUGUGGAAGGGGCUUAUGUGAUUAGAUUAGGCCCAUUCAGGCGAGGAAUUGCCUUGGCUUCUUUAGGAGGCCCAAUUUACGCAAUUGGAGGGUUAGAUGACAACACUUGCUUCAAUGAUGUGGAGAGAUAUGACAUAGAAUCUGACCAGUGGAGUACAGUGGCACCAAUGAAUACUCCCCGUGGAGGAGUUGGCUCAGUGGCUCUAGUAAACCAUGUUUAUGCAGUAGGUGGCAAUGAUGGAGUAGCUUCUUUAUCUAGUGUGGAGAGGUAUGAUCCACAUCUGGAUAAGUGGAUAGAAGUUAAAGAAAUGGGUCAACGAAGAGCAGGCAAUGGAGUUAGUGAGCUCCAUGGUUGUUUAUAUGUUGUUGGUGGCUUUGAUGAUAAUUCUCCUCUGAGUUCGGUUGAGCGGUAUGACCCUCGAAGCAACAAGUGGGAUUAUGUGGCGUCACUUACCACUCCCAGGGGUGGAGUGGGGAUCGCAACAGUGAUGGGCAAAAUCUUUGCAGUUGGUGGUCACAAUGGCAAUGCCUACUUAAAUACAGUAGAAGCGUUUGAUCCAGUGCUGAAUAGGUGGGAGCUUGUUGGAUCUGUGUCUCACUGCAGAGCUGGAGCAGGUGUAGCUGUGUGUGCCUGUUUAACUAGCCAAAUUCGAGAUGUGGGUCAUGGGUCCAGUAAUGUGGUUGACUGUAUGUGAUUUGAGUUCCUGCCACCAACAAUUGAGUCAUAUCUGAUAGGCAAGAGAGACAAUCUGAUAGGCAAGCGAGACAACCAGGAUUUUGUAUGACCAUUUUUGAACAGUUUUAACUACUUACUAGUCUUAUUUAAAUGUAAACUGUUGUAUUGUGACUAAGUGCAACUUUUGGAAUGGUAGCUAAAGAAUUAUUGGUAAUAAAGUUAAAUUUGAUACUUCCCACUUUCGCAAAUACUUGAGUAGGAAAGGAAGACAUACAUUCUAACCUGAAGCCAUACCUCUUCAGAAAAAUGCUUAAAGUAGUGCCAAAAUCCUGAAAUCCCUUUAAAACACAUGUGGAUGAAUCAAGAUAUAAAGUGGAGUUAUUUGCUGAGUUUUAUCUUUCCUGUUGCCUAACGGUGUUAACCUCAGGCAGUGGAUUUUUUCUAGAGGGAAGAUUAGAACCUAAUCAUCACACAAGGAUAUCAGAAUACAUGAAAGAGACCUACUCCUUUUGAAGAGCUUUUCUACGUGGUGCUGAUGAAUUUAUACCUUGCUUUUUUUCCAGGUUUUGGUUUUUCAAUUUCUUAGUUACAGAAAUAGGAAAAAAAAUGUUUCAUCUUUCUGAGUGCCACUGGCUGUAUUUUCACAAGCUUACAGGAGUGUCGUAAGAUCUUAAUUCCAGUUUGAAUUGUUAGAACACCAAAAGACCUAGCUGAACUAAUUCCAUCUGAACACAUGUGCACUUUUAUUUUUUCACCCCAUGCAAAAAUAUAUAUAUAUUUUUUGUAAUAAGCAAAACUUAACCAGGGAAAUACUACAGGAGGGCUUUAGAGUUGAUGUUAAUCUGGUCAGGAGCCCUUGAGAAGGAAUGGUACUGAUUACAUGGCUCCCUCGACUCCCUAAUGAGGGGAAUCUGAAAAUAAGUUUAACAUCCUUCUUUGAUUUAAUCAUUUGAUUUUGAACCCAAGAUUUAUUAUCUUCCUAUUUUGCUAUUUGCCACCAUCCUGGGUUUUUUAACUGUACAGAAUCUGGAUUAAUUCAUCAUCAGAAAAUGAAUGCAUUUUUACAAAAUCCCUUUACAGACUGUAGUUUGAUUAGUUCAAGUCCAUUACCAGUAAAAUAUAUUGCUGGUAAAAAUAGAGAACGAUUGAAACUGCUAUUUUUCCUGUUUUAUUUAAUCCCCUUUGGUAUAUUUAUUGAACUUUAAUUGAAAAUAUUUCUAUACAUUAAUUUGAAGCCAGGAUAUUGAUAUACUACUGAUUUAACAGCUCUUCGUGGUUUUAACCAGCAUUAUAAAAUGGUCUGUUCAUUAUAUGUAUAUAUUUUUAUAAAUAUUUAUGAAGAAUAUUAAAAUAGUCUAUUUCAUAUUUGCAAUGCAGCUUGGAACCUCUCUCCCAGGCCUUCCUAAAUUUUCCUUUAGUCAUGCCUUAGAAUUUAGUGUACUUCACUGCUGGUUGGUCAUCUGGUUUACAAGGAAGCUAGGCAGUGAAGAACUUUAACCCCAUCCAUCCAGCCUUCCCUGAAGUUCAUUGCCUAGUAGCUCUGAUGGUCCUCUUUAAAUGGCAAUCUGGGCUUGUCAGUGCAGUAGGGCAAAAAGCCACAUUACGAAAGCCAGUGCCUAGUGGGUAUAUUAGACCCGUAAAAAGAAAAAGAAAAUGUAAGAGGGCCCAGUCAGGCUAGCAGAUCAAGGUCUUUCAUGAAGCAGAUUUAAAAAUUCCCCAAUUAUGCCACUUUUUGCUGUCAGCCUGUGGGCAAGUUCAUAUGUCAUUGCUAGAUUUGAAGCAAUGUUCUCUUGUAUGAUAACUAUAUUUCCAUCAAUCCCAAAAGCAUUUAUUUCUAUAUCACUUACUAGACUGGCUACAACUGGUUGGAUGUAGAGAAUAAGACUCAGAACCUGGCUUCAGCUGUGUACGGCUUAUAUCUAAUGGAAUUCUUGUAUUACAGCGCUUGUCUAGUCAUGAUGACUCGUAUAUUUCUUAUAUUUAUUUUUACGGUGAAGGGGAUUUUUUAUUGUCUUGAAAAUGAUUCAAAAUGUUUUUUUCUUUGACGUAGUUCUGUCUUGGUCAUCUGUAUAGAGUUUAGGAGCAUAAAGAUGUUACAUUUUCAUUUUUGAUUUUCGUUAUACAGUGGUCCUCUAACAUACUAAGUUGGUACCCUAGCUACCCCAAAUAUGAACUACUCAUGAGAGAAGUGAAGCAAAUGGAACAUGUGACUGUUACAUUAUGUAUGGGCAGUGAGAAGCAUAGCCUUGAAGGACCUGAAAAGAUAAAUUGCAGAAUUGAUAUGCGCAGUCACUAUUAAACACACACUAUUUGAGGUAUGAAAUGAGAAUCAGACUGAAGGAAUCAUGCAUUUGAAAGAUGAUUGUAUGCAUAGGUAUAAAGAGAUGAAAUAGUCAAAGAAGGUGGCUUCUUGUGAGGCCUGUUCCUUUAAUCUCAGAUGUUAAUAGUGCCUACCAAAAAGUGAUAUAAAAUAGAGCUAAAAUUUUGAAGUUGUAAAUGGAAAAAGUAAAAGGUGAAAAUUUGCAUAUUUCUUCAAGAUAUUUUAGGUGCUUUUGUGUAAUUCUUCCAUAUUGUCAUUAAAGUCACUGCUUUACUAUAUUGCACUGCCACUUUAAAAACAAAUUACUUGAUAUUGUUUUUGAUUAAUAUCACCUAUUCUGUGUAACUCAUUGGUCAUUUUUUAAAUGUUUGAAUAAACUUUAUAUUCCCUCUAAGGAGUAUUAUUCAUUAAUUCACAAAUGUAUUUUGAACUUAAAAUGCUGUUAAAUGCCUAGAUUGUUGAAGUUGUAUAAACUACUCUUGCAAAUGGUAAA